CAUAUAGAUAACACAGAAGAUGCCGAUACAGGCACCACAGUGGACAGAGUUUUUAUCCUGUCCUGUGUGCUAUAAUGUCUUCAAUGAAGAGCUAUAUAGGCCAAUCAGUCUGGCCUGUGGUCACACUGUCUGUAAAACAUGCUUGUCAAAGUUCCAGCAGCGGAAGUGCCCGUUUGAUCAGUCUCUGAUAACACGAGACAUCGACGAGCUCCCCGCUAACUUUGCAUUGUUACAGUUACUCAGCGUGUCAGCGUCACCUGAUACCAAACUUCCAUGUGUACCAGAGGAAUACAAGAAACAUUAUGAAAAGUCUAAGAAAUGUGUGGAGGAUCUGGCUCUGCUUUUGAAACCAGUCUCAUCCACCAGUACUGGGUCAAUAAUAUCAGUAUCCACAUCAAGUUCUAGUAGUCCCGGAGUACCAAGCUGUGUCUUAAGUAGACCUAUGCAACGUAAGCUGAUCUCGCUGGUUAACUGUCAGCUAGUUGAAGAGGAGGGUCGUGCACGAGCUCUACGUGCUGCAAGGUCACUUGGUGAAAGGACGGUCACUGAACUUAUAUUGCAGCAUCAAAAUCCUCAACAGCUCUCAUCAAAUCUCUGGGCGUCAGUACGUGGUCGUGGGUGUCAAUUUCUCGGGCCUGGGAUGCAAGAGGAAGUGCUGAAGCUGAUUCUGCUUGCACUAGAAGAUGGUUCGGUUUUGUCAAGGAAGGUAUUAGUUCUGUUUGUGGUACAGAGACUGGAAGCUCAAUACCCACAGGCAUCUAAGACUGCUAUAGGUCAUGUGGUACAGCUGUUAUAUAGAGCCUCCUGUUUUAUGGUGACCAAAAGAGAUGAGGAAUCAUCAUUGAUGCAGCUGAAGGAAGAAUUUCGUUCGUACGAGUUUCUGAGACGUGAGCAUGAUUCACAGAUUGUACAGAUUGCAAUGGAAGCCGGACUGAGGAUCGCACCUGACCAGUGGUCAUCUUUAUUGUAUGGUGAUUCCACUCACAAGUCUCACAUGCAGUCUAUAAUUGACAAGCUUCAGACCCCUCAGACAUUCUCACAGAGUGUGAGUGAACUGUUGAUAGCCUUACAGAGAACAGGGGACCCCUAUAGUUUAUCACAGCUGAGACCAGAAUUAGAGUUCCUGUCUAACAUAGACCCUAGUCCAGAUGUACCUUGCCCUACCUGGGAUAACUUAGUUGGUGUGUUAAGGGCUGUCAAGACUGUGAUCGAAGGCUUGGUGAAGUUUCUACAGAGUGCCGGUGCCAGAAAACCGGAUCUAUCCAUGCCGUUUAAUGCCCGGUAUAAAACCAGCUAUUGUAGAGAUUAUAUGGAGCAUGGAAACUGUCCUAGAGCUAACAGUUGUACAUUUGCUCAUUCUGAAGAAGAGUUGGAUAAGUACAGGCAGAAAAGUAGGAAAAUACCACGAGGUCCUGGUAGCUAUAGAGAUGAUGACAGAUCUCAGUAUGAUAGUUAUGACUAUUUGGAUGAUAAAGAUAGUUAUGGUUAUAGACACGAUCAUUCACAGUCAAGGGGCGCCUCUUAUCCUCCCAAACCAUUUCAACUCUCUAAAUCAAUGACCCACCCAGUGUCUUCUCUUCAAAGACAUCCACCUCCAAAGCGACCUCAACUUCCUCAAGGCCCAGUUCCUAAUCCAGGAGCUCCGCCUUUAUAUAAAUCCCCUCCCACACAAAGACCUCCCCCUCCAUUUGUAGCACCUCCUCUACAAUCAGCAGUUCCUGGUCAGACGACUCCUGUACAACCUCAAUUUGAAAUGACUCCGCCUCCACAGUUAGCAACGCCCCAGGCAGUCAUGACGCAACAGAUGGCUCCGCCUAUACAAGAAACCCCAUCCCCACAAAGUGAACAAUUUGUAGUUGUUGGAAAACCUGUUUGUCAGACUGUUGAUAAUGUAGAUAUGGGUGAUAAUAUGAUUAAACCACCUGUUGAGAUGGUGAUUGGACCAGGUGGAUACAUCCAGCCUACAGGUAACAUAGUACAGUCACCAGUCACACCCACAGUUAAUUUUGCCACACCUACUCAUGAAUAUAUUUCACAAGUAGAUCCAGCAUUACAGCAACAAGUUGGAAAUUCCCCCAUAGCUGUCAUGCCUCCAAAUGAUGACUCAGCUAUUCUUCAGGCAGGAAAUGUUAUUCCUCAAGCAAAAAACAUGGUAAUGCCACAAGGCCUGCCUCCUUCAAUGGCCCCGCCUCAAAUGUCAGUUCAAGUCAAUCCCCAGGGUAUGAUGCAGCAAGGAAUGAGUAUGGAAAUGCAGCAAGGGGCAAUGAUGCCAGGAGGAGGAGCUUCCAAUAUGCCACCCAACAUGCCACAGAUUGGUGGAAUGAUGUAUCCAUUUAUGCCACCUUAUGGUCCUCCAGCUGGUUCUGGUAUGAUGCCACCAAGAUUUUCAGUGCACCCGAUGAUGUACGGACAGUAUCCGUACCCUGCCGUACACCCGUACAUGGCGUAUUACCAGCAAGGCUUUGUUUCUGGUGAGAACUCCCAGUUACAAUAUGACAACUAUUACACGUCUCUCAAUCCAUUUGCUGAACCAUGGAAACCAGGUAUGGGUCCGGGGCCCAACCAUGACAGAAGAGCACAGUUUAGUGUUAAAAAUGGAGCAGAGAAAUGCUCUAUGUGCAGUGAGAAAGAUCAGGAGGAAAAGCGAAAACGAUACCUCUGUGACAAACAUAAAAAUGAAAAAGACUGUGUCCAUAAUGAAGAGUAUAACUAUAAACAAAGCAGUACUGAUAAAACGAAUGUAAAAUUUCCUGAUUUGGGAAAAUCUUAUCGAGAAGAUGGGCAGCAUAAUCAAAAUGGAUACAAUAGCGGAAGUUCAGACAAUAAAAAAUUUGUGAGCGAUUUAGCGAAAUCUAAGAAAUGUACUGUUAAUGAAAGUUAUUCUUACGAAAAUGAGUUGAGUAAUAUAAGCAGUAGUGAAGAAGAGGUUCCGGAAUGGAGUACUAACGAUGAUUUUGAGGAUGAAGAAUAUGACGAGAGUGUGACUGAGGCGUUCAGCUUGAAGUUACAAGAGGAAGCUCGGUCACAAUCAAGAGAUAAACAAUAUGACAGAAAAGAUUACAAGGAACAACAAAAGGAGUCGGUGAAGGUGAUAUCAUCAUCAUCAACAGCUUUGAGCACAGCAAAAACUCCACCAAUACCUGUGAUGAUGGAGCCAAAUGCAAAACUUUAUAGACAAUCAUUGAACAAUUUGAGAGAAAAACGCAAUUCAUUGAUACAACAACUACAGGAGAUCAACAAGGAGGCUACAGCACAUGAACACAAACUAGAGGAGCUGUCGGAAAGCUUGCCUAAUUUAUUCAGAUUUGAUCAUGUAGACUUUAAAGAGUUUGAUUCUGCUACCCUUAAAGAAGCUACGGUAUAUGCCAGUACGUUAAAACAUCCUGAACCACUCGAUACUGGUCCCUUUAGUUUAAAGAAAAUAGCACCAUCUAACGGCGAGAUAUUUGAGAGACUAGGAGCUAUUUCUGGAGUACCCCCUCGAUCUGUCAAUGACAGCAUUAUAGCCUCAUGGACGGCUGCUACUCUCAAAUACUCAGAGUAUCAGAACAAUACUGUAGAAACCAAUCAGACAGAGGCUCUCGCAAGUCAGGCUGCUUCAUCCGAGUCCAACAGUAAAACAACUUAUAAGAGCACGGCCAAUAGUUCUUCAAAUUGGAGUAAUGUAGAUCAGGAUUUUCCAUAUUGGAAAGAUGUUACUCAAAAUUUGGAUUCUCCUUUGACGACCCCUCCCAGCACCCCUUGUCCGGCCUCUGUCAACAACUCUUAUUGUGGUUUGAAGGCUAUGUCGGAGAAGGCCUCGGGCAGUUAUGAUCCUAUUUCUCAUAGGUCUAAGAACAUUGCCAGUAGUCAUAGGGCUGAAUCAGUGAACGGCACUUAUACGUCAACAUACGGUCAGCCGGAUUCAAAUAAGACAAGCACUUCUUCAGAUACAAGGUAUUAUGGUUCAAGGUCGUCAGUACAAGUUAACAGCUCUGUAAAUGCAGGGUUGCCUAUUAACCAUUCUGGAGGUUAUGAGGGAAGUACUGUCGUAAGUGCUGCGUCAUUGCCAUCUUCUGUACGAAGCUCUCAAAUGCUUGCAACAGUGUCGUCAUAUACAGUUAGCCCGUCACAAAUGGCCACUGCUUCAUAUACGGCUAGAAGUCAGCCUAUGAAGUAUUCAACAAGUUAUGAACCGCCAGCAGAAGCUUGUGGUCCAACGACAAGUUACUGGCCAACAACACCGUCUAAUCAGGGUUCGACCAUGAGCAUGUCGUCUUCAACAUCUUACCGUUCUUCUUCUCAGAUAUACGGUUCCUCUUCAGCUGCAACAUUUUACACAUCUUCUGAUAUGCAGUCACAACCUUCAUUUUCACGAUUCAUGAAUUUGAAUGAGGAAGAUGAUAUCCCAUUUAUAGAAGGGUCCCCCAUCAUAUCUAAAUACGGUCCCAUUUCCCGCGGCAUUAAAACUGCCCAGCAGACGGCAAUACAGGCUGAGAAUGCUGCCGAUGAUGAUGCUACGAAAACUGUACCAGUAACAGCAGUGACGCCACUAAAAGGGCCUCCUUUACCCAGCGCCCAGAGGGUACCCAGUAGGUUCACACAGCAGGAUGAUGCUGAACAAAAAACGAACAAAAAGAGUUCUUCCCCCUUAACUGCUUACGAGAAGUCCUACUCAUUAUGGACAACACAGCUUAACCUGUUGGAGCAGAAAGCAAAGAAGGCGAGCACAGAGGAUGAGAAACUCAGCGUAAAGUUACAGGCUGUACAGAUGCAGAUAGCUCUGAAAGAACAAGAGCUACAGCAAGCUCAGGUAACAGAGACUGCCAAGUGCUCAGAAUAUAUGAAGAACCGUCAUUGAUCAAGGUUGUCGCAGACUUAAUUCUAC